CCGGGUCGGGUUGGCAGCAGUACUACUGCCCUGCCGGUCAGGGGAAAUUCAGCUCGUCCACGGCCACCAGCAUGUCCUUUCAGACCGGCGUCGCCAUGGAAUAUACCCAAGACCUGCACCUGAAGAUGAGCAAGAAAAUAGCGCAGCUAACAAAGGUUAUCUAUGCACUCAACACGAAAAACGACGAACACGAGGCGGCCAUCGCCACUCUGAAGGAGGCCCACGAAGAGGAGGUGCAGCAGAUUCUGUCGGAGACCAGAGAGAAGAUACUACAGUACAAGAGCAAGAUCAGCGAUGAGAUAGACCUGAAGAGGCGGAUCCAGUCCCUGGAGGAGUCCAUGGAGCUCCACGAGAGGAUGAAGAGACAGGCGUUGGCAGAGUUUGAGAGCUACCGUCAGAGGGUGGAGGACAUGCAGCUUUGCACUGAGGCUCAGCACACGCAGCGUGUGGUCUCCAUGUCGCGGGAGGUGGAGGAGAUGCGACGGUCCUUUGAGGAGAAGCUGCGUACGUUCAGCCAGGCCCAGACCCAGUUCGAGCAGGAGAAGAGGGCUGCUCUGGAGGAGCUGAAGGGCCAGCACAGGCAGGAGGUCCAGGAGCUCCUCCGCAGCCACCAGAGUCAGAACGCAAACUACAGUAAAGACCAGGAGAAACUGGGGCAGCUCCAUAAAGCCGAGGUGGAUUCUCUGACGGAGCGGGUGGAGGAACUCAAACAGGACAAGAAGAGGCUGGUGGAGGAGUACGAGGCCAAACUCAGCAAGGCUCAGGCUUUUUACGAACGCGAGCUGGAGGCCAUGAAGAGAACCCAGCAGCUGACUGCCGACAACCUGUUGGCAUGGAAACGCACUGAGGCCGAGCUGCGGCGCGAAUUUCAGACUCAAGAGGCGGCGCUCCAGAAAACCCUGGGAAAACUGAGGACCGAGUUGGUCAGGGUGACGGAUGAGGCUCGGGAAAACCGGGAGAAGUCCCACAGGCUUCAGGCGUCCCUUACCACGGCUGAGAGCAGCGUCAAGGACUUAAGCAAGCAGCUGGACGAAGUGACCCAGAACUCUGAAAUUGUGGAGAUCCGUCAGAAGGAAGCCGAGUGUGAACUAGAGGCAGCCAGAGACCGAGUUCAGCAGCAAGCAACUGAAAUACUGCUCAAAGCCAGUCAGAUAAGCAGCCUUCAGGCCACCCAGAUGACCCAGGAAGCAGCCAUCAGGGACCUGGACAAUGAGCGGAGCCGGCUGAAGGACAAAGUGCUGAGGAUGGAAGAAGAGAGGGAGUCCCUGCAGAGCCAGAGCCAAGCCCUGGACGAGAGACAGAGACAACAGCUCCAGUCCCUGGAGAAGACCCUGCGUGAGGAGAAGUUGUCCCACGAGAAGGAGAUGAACAACAUACGAGGUCGAUCCGAGGAGGAGGCCAGCCAGCUGAGGGAGAAUCAGGGCCGAGCCCUGGAGGAGGUCGCCAAAAAACACAGAGUGACCCUGGAGAACGCUCUCAACAACGCUGAGAAGGAAAAGAACCGCAUGCUGGCUGAGCUGGAGCAGCAGUUUGAGAGGGAGCGCCUCUCGCUGGAAGAGCAGAAGACGACUCUCAGGCAGCAGCUGGACGAGCUGAGCGACGAGCUGAACUCCAAACUCACCGCGGCCAGUGAAGAGUUGAUCCGGCUGCAGGAGGAGGUGCAGCAGGGGGAGCAGGACAUCGGGAAAGCAGAGGGACAGAUCUCCACACUGAAAGAGGCGCAGGACAAACUGCUGGAGGAGCUGGACGCCACCAGGGCCCGACUGAGGGAGACCAGCAACCUCCUGACUGCACUGCAGGGAGAGUUGGAGAUCCAAAAGCGUCAGCAUGAAGCCAAACUCAUCACCACCAAAGAAGAAGAAAAACUUAAGAUGGACAAGAUGGCUCUGGAGCUGGAGCUGAAAUGGACCGAAACACUCAGGCAGGAGUGUAAGAAGCUACGUGAGGAGCUGAGAGAGGACCACGAGGAGGACAAGGCCUCAGCGCUGAACCAGCUGGCACAAAGCAAGGAGCAGGAAAUGAGCAGCGCCAGGGAGAGCUGGCAGAGGAAGGUGGAGGACCUUCUGGAACAGAUCUCCCUGUUGAAGCAGAGCCUGGAGAUGCAGCUGUCCCAGUCGCAGUCGUCGCUGCAGCAGCUGCAGCACCAGUUCAGCCAGGAGAGAGAGCACCUGAGGAUGCAGCUGGAUGAGCUGCAGACGGAGCACCAGCGGCGGCAGCAGCGUCUGCAGGAGGUCCACUGCUGCUCUAUGCAGGACAUGGAGCACGCCAGGCAGAGGGACCUAAAGGAGUUGGAGGAGCGUCUCCGCCAUCAUCACCAUGCAGAAUUGCAGUCUCUCAGAGAGGCUCAUCGCCAGAGCAUCGAGACACUCAAACAGCAGUCGGAACAAGAGCUGCAAACACUCCGCUUUGAACUGGAGGACGAGGGCAAAGCCAUGCUGGCCUCUCUGCGAUCAGAGUUGAACCACAUCCACGCAUCAGCCAUCGAACACCUGAGACAAACCCACCAACAGGAGUCAGCUGCUGCCAAGCUGGAGCUGGAGAAAACCCUGGAGAACAACCGGAUACAGGAGCGUGAGCUGUUGGGCCGGAUCACUGAGCUGCAGGAGGAGGUCUCCAGGAGGAAGAACCACAUCGCUCAGCUGGACCACCAGAUCCACACACUCAACGAAAAUAUCAGCACUCUGACUAAAGAGCUGGAGCUAAAGGGCAAGGAGGUGCUCAAGAUCCGCAGCGAAGCCAAUCAGCAGAUCAGGGCUCAUGAACAAGAGUUGACGAAGAGGCACGAGAGAGAGCUCGCCGAAAUGAGCGCCGUCCACAGCAGAGAGACGCAGAACAUGCUGUCAGACUUCAACAAAGCCCAGGAAGUGCUCAAAGACAAGAUCUCCGCCCUCCAGAUACUGCUGGAAGGAACAGAGGACAAGUUCAGGAACAGGGAGAGCCGUCACGAGGAUCUGCAGGUCAUCGCUGAGCUGAAGGACAUGGUGUCUGAGAGGGAAUCUCUGGUCAAGAAACUGGUGGACGAUAAGAAGUUCUACCAGCUGGAACUUGUCAACAGGGAGACCAACUUCAACAAAGUGUUCAACGCCAGUCCCAACGUAGGAGUCAUCAACCCGCUCAUUAAGCAAAAGAAAAAGAAUGAGAAAACAGCAGCCAGCCGAUUCAGCAGCUCUCCUAAUGUCAGGGCUCUGGAGGCAGCAGGUAUGGGCGUGGGCGUGGCAGGUUCAGGAAGUGGGCAGCCCCCACAGGCCCCACCCCCCCCGGCCCAGCCCAGCCGCCUAGAGCCCAUCCCCAACUCCCCCCUCCAUCACCUUGAACUCAACUCCAACAAACCUCUUCCCCCGCCGACCCCUCCCACCGAACCCAAGAAAUUCAUGAGCCCUCCUGAAACGAAGGACUCCACCAUCGACUCCCCGGACGCCCAGCGCCAGGAGUGGUUCGCUCAAUACUUCUCCUUUUGA